UCCUUAUCAACGUUGUCGGUUUCGCUGGAGCUACUGGGCGAACAGUCCCUCUAGCAGCUACCCGGAUAUACCAGCUAUCGUUUUUCACGGGCUUCGGAGUUUCUGCGGUUGUCUAUUGGGCGCUGAAUCGUGUUUUCCCGGUGAUCGGCGCUGCUGACACGUUCGAGGAAAUCGACGUGUCUGGAUAUGAACGUAAGACACUGGGAGGUGGUUCGCGGGAUGUUGAGGAAAUAGAUACAAUUACGAAGGACGGGGGCUCAGAUACUGGGAGCGAAAGAUAAGGUUCACCAAAUGCAACAAAUGGCGAGAUUCGGAUGAUGUCAUAGGUUUAGCACAGGGGUUACGACUUACUCUCAUCUACUCUACAACACAAAAGCACAGAAUGUCGUCUGGAGGUACACAAUCGCCACCUCUUGAAUUUACAGGCUCGCAUAUACCUAUGGGAGUUUCUUGCAUUGAUGGUAGCGUCUCGAAACCGAUGUUGGAUGCAGAGCAACGAAAGACUUACUUCGCUCAGCCGGAGCCGGAAGAACGUGGAGAAAAGAAGGAGACAGGGAAAGAGCAGCAAAAGGAAUACGCGAAGGGAAAAAAGGACUGAUUGUUAGCAACAGUCACCAGAACGCGACUAGUACAUGAAUGAUUGGUUGAAUUC